ACUGCUGUUAAAGGACUGUCCGAUGAGAUGCCUGCUCCAAACCGAGAAACGACAAGUGAAUGCUUAGUUAUUAUUAUUGAUUAGUUAUUAUUGAUCCAGUCUGACAGUGAUUACUCUGGCUCAUGUUAGAGAGCGGACACUAUGAAGGACGUGGAUGAUGUUCAUCAAUCACCCCGACUGUCUGCCUUUAGAGGACAAUCUGCAGAUGGAACAGCUCGGUGUCCAUCAGCCGCAGGAUGUUGGCACAAAACAAAAAUCUGAUGAGGAGAAGCUGUUGGGGAUUAAAGAAGAGGUUCCUUAUUUGUGGAACUCCAGUUUGAACCAGCAGAACCCAGAAAAACUCCGGAUAAAGAAGGAAGAGAAAGAACUCUGGACUAAAAGGGAUGGAGAGCUGAUCAGUGAGGCGGAAGAGAUGCAUGACACCAGGUUCCCAUUCACUGUUGUUACUGUGAAGAUCGAAGAUGACGAAGAGAAACCUCGGUUAUCAGAGCUUCACCAUAUUAAAACUGAGGACAGCAGAGAAACAGAAACUCCAACCGGCAGUUCAGUUGAACAGAUGCAGCCCCGUCCACCAGGAGUUAGAAUGGGAUGGAAGGAGAUCCGGGGAAAGCAGUAUUCAGACGAGGAGCGGCAGCUGUUGGUGAUUAAAGAAGAGGUUCCCGAUCUCUGGAGUUCCAGCUUUAACAAGCUGAACUCAGAGCUCAUCCAGAAGAAGAAGAAGGAAGAGGGGGAACUGUGGAUCAGUCAGGAGGAAGAGGAGCUUACUGUGAAGAUUGUAGAUGAAGAGAAACCUCAGCUAUCAGAGCUUCAUCAAAUUAAACUUGAAGACAACAGAGAGACAGAAGCUCCAACCUGCAGCUCAACUGAACAGAUGGAAACAGAACCUGAUAAAGAGGACUGUGGAGGACCAGGACCAUUUGGGUCUUUUAACAGUAUUUGUUGCAGAGGAUUAAAGAAGACUGUUAAAUUACAAAUGGGUUCUCUUGAGUCACACAUGAAACUUCACCCUGAAGAGAUCAUGUUUGCCUGUGAUGUGUGUGGUACGAGAUUUCAACGACGUGAAACUCUUAAAAACCACAUGAGGAUCCACCCCACAAAGAGACAGUUUGUGUGUAGUGUUUGUAGCAAAGCAUUUUCAAGACAAGACCAUCUAAAAAGCCACAUGCGCGUUCACACUGGGGAGAAACCGUUUAGUUGUAGCUUUUGUAGUAAAGGAUUUUCACAACAAAUUCAUCUAAAGAGCCACAUGCGAGUUCACACAGGAGAGAAACCGUUCAUUUGUAGUUUUUGUAGUAAAGGAUUUUCACGACAAGAUCUUUUAAAGAGUCACAUGCGUGUUCACACUGGAGAGAAACCGUUUGUCUGCAGUGUUUGCAGCAAAGGAUUUUCACAGCAGAAUCACCUGAAAAACCACAUGAGCUUUCACACCACAACAUUUAGCUGCAGUGACUGCGGCAAACGUUUUGUGAAGGAGGACCAGUUGAAGCGACAUGAGAGACUCCACACAGAGGGGAGGCCAUUUGGUUGUGAUGUCUGUAAAAGCAGGUUUUAUAAAAGGUAUCAUCUCGAAAAUCACAUGAGGAUCCAUUCGGGAGAGAAACCGUUUGUUUGUACCGUUUGCAGUAAAGCGUUUUCACGGGAUGGGGAUCUGAAGCGUCACAUGGGUGCCCACGAGGGCAGUAGUUAAGGAACAUUUCAAGAGUCUGAUCUGUUUUUUCUGAUUAGUCUACCAUUAUUUUAACCCAUCUCUGCUUUCUUUAAGUGCAACUUUUGUUCUCAGCAGUGGUGCACGUUUCACUCCACAGUUUGAAGUCGAUACAUCUGGGCAUGAAGCAGUUUUCGCUAUGAAGGUAUACAAAAGUUUAAAAAAGUUAUUCUUUUAAAAUUCCAAAUUUUUGACAGAACCUUUGCUACAGUUUGAGUCAUUUUAAUAUAAUGCUUUAGAAAAUGCUGAAGGUACCGGAGUUAUUACACCAAAUAGAUACAUACAAAUAGUGCUUCUCUAUGUUUUUCCAAAAAUCAGCAAUGUACAACAAUAUGGAGAUCUGUGCAUAUGGCAGCUAAUCAAGUUUAUAUGGUUUACUGGGAGCAGUUCUGGCUGUACAGUCUAACAGCUGCUGGGAGGAAAAAUGGCUCCUUUGUCCAUUUAGCAUACCUGUCGCCUGAAGGAGCUCUCCGGUGCUGUUCCGGUGUCAUGCAUGGGACAGAAGAUGCUGUCUGUCUGCAGUUCUCCUGUCUUAACACCGCCCAGGCCAGAACUGGCCUUUCUGAUCAGCCGCUCCAACAGUUUCGUUUCUGCUGUUGAUCAGCAACUGCUCCAGCGGACCACGCAACAGAAAAAUGAUCUGAUGAAGUUGAUGUUUCCUGCAAUAAAAUAAAUCAACAAUAAA